AUGCCCCUUGCGACCGGGCAGGGUCGCUUCUCGCAGCUCAGCUCUUUCAUCUCCUUUUACUUUAAGAAACUUGCUAGACCUCGCUUGUCGCUUGCCGCAUUGAUAAUCUACGCUCUUGUUUUUUUGGGCAUUGCUGUCACGGUCAUCUACAAGAUGCGCUUCACAAGCUACGUCUCCGCGGCGGCGCUGUUUGCGCUGCCAGCUCUCGGUGGCUCCAAUCCCAAGAGUAACUCCACUACAGAUCCUUUCAAGAUCUAUAACAUCACCGCGACCAAUAUCACUGCUUCCUUCAUCGGAUACGGUGCGCGUCUGGUGGCAUUGUAUGUCCCCGACAGCAAUGGGACAAUCCAAGAUGUUGUCGUUGGUUAUGACGACCCGAAGACUUAUUUGCACGACUCCGAAACCAAUCACACCUAUUUCGGCCCUGUGGUUGGUCGCUAUGCCAAUCGUAUCAAGAAUGGCACGUUCACCAUCGAUGGAGAGACAUACCACAUCCCCACGAACGAGAACGGUGGCGCCGACACCCUUCACGGUGGCACCGUGGGCUACGAUCAGCGCAACUGGACUGUGGCCGCAUCGGCGAACGAUAGCAUCACAUUCUCUUUGUACGAUCCCGGAUGGGAGGGUUUCCCCGGCGAUGUGCUCACGCACGUCACUUUUACCGUCGACGCUCUUAGGACUGCGGUCAACCCCAAGGGUCUUCCUCAAUUGACCUCUCGUAUUGUCUCUCUGUCCUUGACCGAAAAAACUCCCAUCAUGCUUGCAAAUCACAUCUACUGGAACUUGGAUGCCUUCCAAGAGCCCACCAUCCUCAACAACACCUUGCAUAUGCCAUUGGCAACCCGCGUGGUCGCUGGCGACAACAUCUUAGUCCCCAACGGCACCAUUUUCGAUGUUGACACUGCCUUCGAUGGUGCAAUUGACUACACAGCCGGCAAAGAGAUCGGCGCCGACUUUGAUCACGCCUUGGGCGUUUGUGGCUUCAACUGCACUGGUGUUGACACCUGCUUCAUCAAUGACCGCACUCCUUACUACUUGGACGGUGCCACUGUGCCUGUUAUCCACCUCUCCUCCCCAGCAACGGGUAUCACCCUCGACGUCGCGACAAAUCAGGUCGCACACCAGAUCUACACCUGCAACGGCCAGAAUGGUACCAUCCCCAUCAAGGCCUCACAGAAGGCUCGUAACGAGGCUGCUGGCAAAGGUGGCGUGGACUACGUGAACAAGUAUGGCUGUAUCGUCAUUGAGACCGAGGGUUGGAUUGACGCUAUCAACCAGCCGGAGUGGGCUCAGAAGGAGAUUUUCUCGCCUGCUGAUGCACCAGUGGUGAACUUGGCUACUUACCAGUUCGGUACUCUUUAA